AGUCUAGCUAGGGAGGGUGGACUUCAUUGCAAGCCCAUUCUCUGUUUCCCAUCUCUUCCCUAAUCCCAUUUGCCAUUGUACGUGCGCAAUCGCCGUAUACUCUCCGCAUUUAACUUGGAUGACAUUUUUAUUUCAUCAUUAGCAUCUGGCGCCAGGCUGACGCAGUGAACACUGUCCUGCUUUUCUCGAGGAUCUUCACCGAAGCUGGAUGCAAGAUUAAUAUUACUUUUUUGUUUUAUUGUGUUUAAUAUUCCUUUUAUCAUAAUCAUCCUUAGAACACAUAAAGUUUUUUUCUUUACGCUUUGACAUUAUAUAGGCUCAAAGAGAGAACGAAAAACGAUCUUCUCUCUGUGUGUCUCUCGCCUUUCUUUACGCGUAUUUAUGGUCUGAGACACUCGGACCACGAACUCCAAGCAGCGAUGCCUGAGACAGCGCAAGAGAACUGCACUCCGGCCAAAGAGUCGCCCUUUUCCAUAAAGAACUUGCUAAACUGUGAUAACAAACCUUCCAAACCUAAGACUCUUCUCACCCAGACGAAAGCGGCCCUGGAAGGUGGGUUUUCUCUUUCCCAGGUCGGGGACAUCAGUUUCCCCAGAUUUGAAAUACCGACCCAAAGGUUUGCUCUGCCUGCGCACUAUUUGGAGCGAGCUCCGGCUUGGUGGUAUCCCUACACCCUCAGCUCUUCUGGUCACCUGCACAGAACAGACGUUGCCGAAAAGGCCAAUGUGAGAGACUCCUCUCCGGCUUCCGGCACGGAUCGGGAUUCACCUGAUCUCGUCCUUAAAUCUGACCCCGAUGCUAAAGAAGAUGAGGCCAGCAAAAGCGCGGAAGAAAUAAUACUGGAGGAGAGCGAUUCGGAAGAACCAAAGAAGGAGGACACCUUGGAUGACUGGAAGAAAAGAGAAGACAGUCCGGACAAGAAACCAUGUCGGAAAAAGAAAACGCGCACCGUGUUUUCCAGAAGCCAAGUGUUUCAGCUGGAGUCCACCUUUGAUAUGAAACGUUACUUGAGCAGUUCGGAAAGGGCCGGCUUGGCGGCUUCCCUGCAUCUCACAGAGACUCAGGUUAAGAUCUGGUUCCAGAACAGAAGAAAUAAGUGGAAACGUCAGCUGGCGGCAGAGCUGGAAGCUGCCAACUUGAGCCACGCUGCCGCACAGCGGAUAGUCAGGGUGCCCAUUCUGUACCACGAGAACUCUGCCUCCGAGACUGGGAGCCCAGCGGGCAAUGUGCCAGCAAGCCAACCUCUCCUCACUUUCCCCCACCCCGUGUACUACUCACACCCCAUAGUCACAUCAGUGCCCCUGCUUCGACCGGUUUGAGAAGCCCUCUUGUGUGCGUGUUUUUUUUUUAAUUACACAUGUUGUGUCAUCUUAAUAAUUAAU